UCUUGCGCUGCUCUCCUCUGCGAUUCAAAAUGGCGGCGCCGCAUGCCGUGAAACUUAAGGAUUUAAAGUGUGAUUUUACGGAUAAUACAGCGACAGACGCGUCCCCGGAAGAUCAGGGGGAGUUUGGAAAAAACAAUGUCUCUAUCUUUGAUCUGGAUAUCGGAAAGACCUCAGAGUCGCUCCAUGGAAGCCUGGAUCCUUCCAUUUUAUCCAUCUUUCAGGAGAAGGUGUGUAACCGAAUGGAUGCAGAGAGUGAAGCGUCUUUACUUUCCACUCUGACAGAGAUUUUAGACAGUGUGGAUGUAGAGACGCUGUCGCCGUUCGACACGCUACCGGACUCGGAGAUUUUUUCAGCUCAGAAGGGUUCAGACCACACGCUCAGGAAGCUGCUUCAAUUGAGGCAGUCGUCUCCUGAUGGGACACCAGGCCCAAAACUCUCUCAGUCACCAGCCUCAAAGUCAGGAAAAGUGGAGGUUUUUAUUUCAGACAGACAGUUGAGGCCUCGUCGCCAUCUGGGGACUCGGAGCGUGACUCCACAGCGAGGUGACAGUGAGAAGAAUCUGCGAGAGUCCAAGAGUCGUCCUGUGAGAACUUUCCGGAUCGAAUCCGACACAAUAUUCCCACAUGAUGAACUUGAAUUCCUUGCAGAUGUAGUGAGACACAUGCACCCGUACUGCAUCAGGACUGAUCUAGAGGAAGACACCAGGAACGCUGAUGUCAGCGUGCCCUCAGAAGAGGAUGAGGAGGUGUUUGUUGAUGUUGAGGGUUAUGAAGAACAUGAGGAAAACAUUCUGGACCAAUCAGAACUUGCAUCAGGGCAAGAGUUGGAACCAAAAGAAUGCGGUUCAUCUUUGAAAUCUAUAUCAAAUGAGGACGUUCACAUCCAGAGCACAGAAAACAAUGUCGCAUCUUUGCACGGAAAUGUUACUAAGAUGCCACAACGCAGUUCUUUAGUCAAAACCAGCGUUGCGGGUCGGACAAAGAAAACUGUAAGAUUUGCGGUAAAUUUAACAUCUGUUUACGAGAUUCCACUUAAUGAUGAGGAGCCGGAAUCUCUGUUGUUGGACGACAGUAUGGAAGAUAAUUCCAGCCUUGGGUGCAACAAGUCGAAAGCUGCAUCUUCUAAAAAUGACCAAUCAUGUGACAUCACUUCUCCUCAGAAGCCCAAACCUCUCAGUCUGCAGCAGUACCGCCUCCUCAGACAGAAAAAACAACUUCCUCUGGAGGAACGACGGAUGGACCAUCGAACAAAAUGGCCCUCAAUUCUCACCGUUCCCAGGGAACUUCCGCCCAUCCUGCCGCAGUUGAAACCCCAGCAGAUGAACUUGCAAACACAUCCAGAAGAGAUAUCAAAACGAACGGCUGUUCAUGUGAAGUUACCUGCAUGCAGGCCAAAGGAACUUACACACUCUUUAUGCAGUGGUGUGAGCAGAACAUCUGUAGAUCUUUGCGUUGAUCCACCAAAUCCUGCCAUAGUGCCCCUGAAACCCACACGGCACGAGCCAGAUGGAGUUACGGCACCUUCCUCUGAAAUAAUGACAUUGCGGGAAGUUCAUAUCAGAGACCAGCAGGCUGAUAACGUCAACGUUCUACAACUCCGAAUGCAAGCAGCGACUCUGGGCACCUCAGAACUGUAUAAUUCUGAUUCUUUGGCAACAAAGACAGAUGUUUGCAUUUCUUGUGUAGAUAUACAGCUUGCUGAGGUCACACCCAUUUCGGACUCUGUCUCAGUGACCAUCAAACCCAGAACUUCAGCCUCAGGUUCACCUACCAGAACCGAACCAGAACCAUCCGCUCAGAGGAGACCGAUGUCUGUACUGAUGCCCAGCGGAGGAGAGCAAAGCCAGACCACAUCUGGAGAAAUCGGUAUAGAGGCCACGGACUUGACAAGUCUUUUGGAGCAGUUUGAAACUCAAGCCUCAGAUGGGCAGAUGCUUCCAGAAGUUUCUCCAGAUGAGCUUCAGGACAGAUCACAGCACUGUAGACUCACAGAUCUCAGCAGCACUGCAGGACUGACCCCACCUGCGACACCACCUCAUCAGAUCUGGAGGCCCCUGUUACCUGUCAAGGAGACGAAACAGGAAUCCAUCAAGUCGUCACCCAGUAAAACCAUUCAGAUCAUUGAACCUCGCCCGCUGCCCGCCAGUAAGACUCAUUCAAAAGCUCCAUAUCCCACCUGCAGUCCGGGCCCAAACCCUGUGCAAGCGUGCAUGGAUCACGACUAUUGCGCAACUCGGGACGCUUCAAACCAGGACAGUAAGAUGUCACUGAAGGAGUCGAGGAGUCAUUGUAAUAACAGGACGUGGUCAGAAGCAGCGUGUCUCUCCUGUUCAGUGCUGCUCUCUCCGGACAGCUCCCCCUGCAGGAUGGACGCAUUUGAGCAGGCGGAGUCUCCAAGGGGGCAGUCCUUGUGGUUUUCCUCUCAGUCGCCCAUCCCACCAGACCAGAAAAGGGGGCGGAGCAGGAGGCGGGGUUACAGAUGCAGAUACCGCCGCUCCAGUUCAAGCUCUUCUUGUUCUUCAUCAGCCUCAUCAUCUUCAUCCUCCUCUCGUUCCAGGUCUCACUCUCCACUGAGGAAGAGGUUCAGGCAUUCUGGGAGCAGUUCUUCAUCACGCUCUAGUUCACGCUCGUCAUCUCGCUCUCCUCUUCGCAAGCGUGGACGUCACUACUCCAGAUCACGAUCCAGAUCAUUGUGUCGCUCUCAUUCUGGUUCACGCUCACCUGAACCGGAUUGGAACGAGAAUCGUCGUGGAUGGAAGAGUCGUAGACAGCGGGAGCUGAACCACCGACACGAGGAGGCUCGAAAAAUGCGGCAACAGAAAGCUAUCGAGGAGCGCAGGGUCGUGUACGUGGGAGGGAUUCGUGGAAGUAUGUUGCCCUCUGACCUCAGAGAUCGAUUCUCGCUGUUCGGGAAGGUUGAGGACUGUACGGUGCACCUCAGGAGUCAUGGAGAUAACUACGGUUUCGUCACAUAUUACAAUACAGAUGACGCUUUCACUGCCAUCGAAAACGGCAGCAAACUGCGGCGUGCAGACGAGCGGCCCUUCGACAUCUGCUUUGGUGGCCGACGACAGUUUUGCAAAUCCAACUAUGCAGAUUUAGAUUCCAGUCGGGAUGUUGAUCCGAUGUUGAAGAGCCGCUGUGACACGUUGGACUUUGACACACUACUGAAACAGGCAAAGAGAGGGAUGAAGAGAUAGCGGUGAGGAAGAUGAAGAAUAUCGAUGAAGCAGAGACUGAAGCAUUACCUCACGGCACUGACAACAACAGACUAGAAUAAUAUGGGUGAAGAGCAUCUGUGACGCUGAUGAUUACCACAAAAAAUACUUUCAGUCCGUCCCUCAGUUAAGUUGCAAAUACAUAGAACAUUUUUCGACACAAAUGCAUUUACAAUGGCAGUCUACAGGGCAAACAAUGUACAGAUAAUGUGGAUAAAGUUUAACCUGGAAUAUUCCUUCAAGCUGAUUUAAAUCAAGGACAUUUGCACAAUCUGAUUUUGCUGACCUCUUUUCUUCUAUUGAAGUACUUCUGUUUUAAAAAUGAUUGUACAUAAAAAUGGCAUGCUUUAAAAGAUGAAAUAAUCGUCGGGAAAUAAAGCUGAAUUAAAUAUUGUAUGGUUUGUUUUCUAAAUGUUGGAGUGUUUUUUUUUGUGUUACCAAAUCAAAUAAAAUAAUUCUCAGUUGGAAUGAUGAUACUUAAUCUUAAAGAGGUUUGUGUUCUAACUUCUGAAGUCUGUUCUUGUAACUCUGAAGUACACUAGAUUUGCUGAAAUCAUUCAAGUGAUAUUCCAAGUUCAAUACAAAUUAAGCUCAA